AUGCCCCCACGCCAUUCCUCAGGUAAGGGAAGCGGUGAUGGGGCAGAGAGCAAAGGGAAUGGUGUGAUUUGGCGCCAAGGGAAGUCGAUACCAAGGAAGGGAGAGCCAAGGAAAGGAAGCUAUACAGCCUCGUCAUCCGGCAAAAGCUCUGUCCGCUACGGAAAGAGCAAGGCUCGGGAAGCUGGCCUCGCAAAUGACCAGCGAAUCCAGCACGAGGCUUUUAGUGGUCAAACCGACGGAUUCCGGCGGAAUGCUGGUAGUUCAACCAGCUCGGCUGGUAACAGUCACACCAACUGGAACCAGCAGUACGCUGGAUGGGCUGGUCUCUCCAGCGCCGCCUACAUGUCAUAUACCGAGCUGUGCAGCUUGAUGAAGCGUUUGCAGCGCGAGGAUAAAGAGCUGCAAGACUUGUGGUGGAGGUGGUGCGAGGCUACUGCCUUGGGCUGGAGAGAUCCUAAACGCCACUCUCUGGAGUCGUUGCGCGGUUUUUGUCGAGCUGUGGAAAUGGGCACAGUGCCUCAAGCUUCGCAUGCGCUUCCAAGCAUCGAAUCAAGCUGGUGGCAUCAGGUGUUGGUGGACCGCGUCAAGGAAGGGCAGCGGCGCUCCCUUGAGUUCAAGACCCAGUGGUGGAGAUAUUGCGAUACCUCUGGCAACGGCAUUCGAGACCCAGGCCGCCAUCCGCCAGAGUUUAUUCAAGGCUUUCUGCUGUCUGACAGUAACGUCCUUGCAGAGGGCGGACACUUCCUUACUGUGAGCCUAUGA